GCUAGGCGCUCGAUGGUACACAUACUAAAAUAUGUAGGCUUAUGUAUGUUUAUGUAUGUUAGGCACCAUCCUUGCCAGGUCAGGGGUUCAGCUCCCAGCCUCAUUUGGCACAAGUGUGAAGCCCAUCAUAACCGCUCUGGGGGUUUCCUAACCUCAAUUGUUCUAGGAUGGCUUGUCCUGUUCCCACAAGUUCCUGCGAAUCAACAUCUAGAAGCUAUGACGUUUCCUAGGAUCUUUCAAGGCGGAACAUUGCCUUUGAGAGUAGCUACUAAAAAGCAGACCAUAAAGAGAUCGGCGUCUUUGUAGUGAGAUAACGAUCGUCAAUUGUUUUUUGGACCUCUACGAAUCCUCGUCUUACAUUUAAGGGACAUUGUCCCAUCCCUAAAAUCCAAUGACGAUGGAUAGGGAAUUCGACAUACCUCAGUGCCCUUAAUAAUAGAUCUGAGCCCAAUCGCUCGUCAUCCGCGUGGAGAUUCUUCGUCGACCCUUCACGCCUACCAUAUAUAAUAUAUUAAUAAUAGUAAUCAACACCUUCAAGGGCAACAACUGAUCGGCGCCAUGCGAUUUUCCCUUGCCUCAAAUGCCCUUUGCGGCGCUGUCGCCGUGUCCGCCUUGUCCGUUCCCCGGGCCGUUGACAAGCGGGUAACUCUCGUCGACCUCAAACAAUUCGGCAGCUUCCCGACUAUCACACCUGAACAGGCCCAUGCCGAGGCCGAACCUUUAAGCAGCAUCCUGGGUGAUGGACCCCAGUUUGACAAGAUUGGACAGUCCACCGACAGCGAUACCAAGGAAUCACCUGCCGCCGGAGAGGAGAAGGCCACUGCUGCAGCUGACGGUACCUGUGAUCGCAACAACCCGGCCGUUCGUUACGAGUGGAGGAAUUAUGCGGCGGACGACAAGAAGGCCUUCGUCAACGCCAUUAAGUGUCUGAUGGGUAAACCCUCUACCGGUGGAUUCCAAGGAUCGCAAAGCCGUUAUGAGGAUAUCGUAUCGGUACAUCAGCAACUUACUCCCACCAUUCACCAGCGUGCCGUGUUCUUGCCAUGGCACCGAUACUACGUCUCCGUAUUCGAGUCGGUUAUGCGCGAGGAGUGUGGUUUCGACAGAGCUUUCCCGUGGUGGGAUGAGACUCUUGACUCCGGAAAAUACGCUCAGUCGGAAUUGUUCACCGAUGCAUACUUCGGACCUCUCCCCGGAAAGACGUCCGACGGCCAAGGUACCUGCAUAACAUCAGGUACUUUUGGAGGUCUUACUCUUCACAUUGGCCCCGGCAGCGGAUUCACAGACCACUGUCUCGCACGAGCUGUCGAUGAGAGCUUGACGGGCACCGUCUCCACUCAAUUCGUUCAGGACUGUAACUCGCGCACUUCCUACGAUGACAUGCGAGGUUGCCAGGAACUUGGACCUCACGCUUAUGGCCACAACGGAAUUGGCGCAGUUAUGGCCGAAGUUCAGGCUUCUCCCGGUGACCCCAUUUUCUUCAUGCACCACCUUUUCGUCGACCACUCAUUCCGCAUCUGGCAAAACGCCGAUGCUUCGCGCACCACCACUAUCAAUGGCUGCGCCGAUGCCAACAACCCUUGCACGCCGAUCACGAUGGACUACGUUCUAAGUUCCAACGGACUGCGACCGAAUACCACCAUCAGUGCCGUCAUGGACACUCUUGGUGGCGAUCUAUGCUACCGCUACGACUACUAGUCCCUUUUCGACAUUAUAUCAUUAUUUUUUAAUUACGGUCGCUUAUACACUUUAGAUAACAUGACGACUCAUUUUAUAUCGUAUUUAUUUUCAUGAUGACCUGGCGUUAGACGGAUGGCGGGCCUAUUGUGUGAUAUGACAGCGAACGAGCAAAAAAAGUUGCAUCGGGUCGCCCAUAUGGUGAUAUCUUCAUAGAAAAAAAAGGAGGCCCACUAAAUCCUUACCUAGUAAUUUUUAUUAUACCCAGCAGAUUCGAUGUUUAGUAUACUCUAGUAUAUAGAAACGAUAUCUGUAUGUAUAUUCAAAUAAAAAGAAUCUAGCAAUGUUAAACAAAUUCUCCACGAUG